AUCCAACAUCGAUAAGAGAAGGCAAUCAAAAUCAAAAUGGAGUAUAAACCAAAGAAAAAUAUUAUACACUUACGACCAGAUACUGUCGAUUAUGUUUAUAAAAGUAUUAAUUUAAGCAAGCCAGGUGAAAUGGAAGAUGCUAUCAGGAUGUUACGGGAUUGGAUCGAAAAGCAACCCCAUUUUAAGAGAAAAGACUUUUCUGACAACUUCCUGCGUUCCUCAAUAAUCGUCGCAAAAGGAUCAGUCGAGAACGCUAAACAGAAACUUGACAAGUUGUGCACCCUACGCUCCUUGCUUCCAGAGAGUUUCCGUUGUAAUAACGUGAAGGAAGACUUUGCUCACGUGUUUCAACUUAUGAAACCACUUAUUUUACCGCAAUUAACAAAAGAUCACUGCAGAUUGAUAACGGUCAAAGUUUACGGGGCUAUGGAAUCUUCUCAUAUUUCUGACGCACUCAAAUAUAGUGUUGUUCUCGGUGAUUACAUGCGACAAUGCGAUUUCGUUCGCGAGUAUAUUUGUAUUUUUGAUUUGACUGAUGUCUGCAUGACGAAUGUAUUAACUAAACUCAAUCUUAUGGAUUUGAGACAAGCUUUCACAGUGUAUUUUGAAGGACACGGGUUAAGAUUUAAGGGCAUGUAUUUCAUAACGACGUCCAAACUGGUAGAUACUUUGAUGAAUCUCCUAAAACAAGUUAUAAAGCCGAAACUUAUAGAUCGUAUCAAAAUCAUGAAGUCCUGGGACGAAGUACGUGAUAUUAUUGAUAAGGAUGUUCUGCCUGUUGACUUUGGUGGUAAUGAGAGGUCGGAGCAAGAACUACAUGAUGAUUGGCUAGAAGAGUUAACCAAUGAAGAUUUCCAGCGAUAUUUACGGGAUAUAAAUUCAACUGGGACGGAUGAGACUUGCAGACCAUCUUACAAAUUCAAUGAGGAAUAUGCUGGAAUGCCUGGAACAUUUAAACUUUUAACCGUCGAUUAAAUUAAUAUAUUAAAAAUUAAAAUUAUAUUUUUAAUUAUAGCGGUUUUAGUGAAAUAUGAAUUACUUACCAUGGUACAUAUAUAUUACUUACGAACCCUUCAUUUUUCCAGGACGAAGACCGCUCUUAAUCAUUUCUCACUUUUAUGCCAUAAUUAAUAAUAAUUAUAUUCUUAAAAGUACUUCAACAACUGGUUGUCGAUGUCUUAUGCCAAAUACGAGUUGAACAUAAUAU